CACAUCUCAGUGAAAUUAAUCUUCACAACUUUUAUUUACAAACUACAAAGCACCCUUCUUAGUUUAUAUUAACCUCCACUAAAACCCUAAUAUUGGGCUUCUUAUAUAUCUCGUGACUCUUGUUUCUCGGUCCAAUCUCUCUCUCCAUCUUCACUAACCAACUGCGUUCUUUAUGUAAAACUUCACUCAUAGGCCAAUAUCUCUGGUUUCCAUUAAAAUCUCAGAUUCCAAUUGGUUUUCUUUCUCCUUUCCCUGCUCUUUCAUUAGAUGAUGAACAUUUGUAAGAAGCUUUAUCUCACCUUCCUCUUUCCCUAAAGUUUUGGCCCCCUUUUUAUUUAUUUCUUCCCUUUUGUAUUUAUACAACAGAAAAAGGGUGUUUAGGUGUUUAAAAAAAAAAGAAUAUUAAACACAAUUCAUUAUCAUUUUCCACCUAAACAAAAGAGAAACCUUUUUAUUUCAUCCCUCCCUGUCCUCCACCUAAACAGAGUAUUGUUUCAUACUGUCUUCAAAUCUCCAGUUUGCUGUCUGUUUUUCUCUCUUUUGUUUUUCUUCACUCAGACCAACAAAAAUGUCGGCCUGCUUAAGCAGCGGCGGAGGAGCCGCCGCCGCCUAUAGUUUCGAGUUAGAAAAAAUGAAAUCACCACCACCACCUCCACCGUCAAGCUCAACGACAACAAGAGCUACUUCACCGUCAUCAACACUCUCCGAAUCAUCAAACUCCCCGCUCGCAAUCUCAACGAGAAAGCCAAGAACGCCGCGGAAACGACCAAACCAGACUUACAACGAAGCCGCCGCUCUCCUCUCCACCGCUUACCCCAACAUCUUCUCUUCUCCAUCCUCAAACAACUUGUACUCCAAGAAACAAACUCACUCCAAUCCUCAGUUCUUCGGAUUCGCUAAAUCUCCUCUUCUCAGUGACAACGACGACGCCUCUGAGCUUCUUCUUCCCUACGAAUCAAUCGAAGAGGCGGAUUUUCUGUUUCUCCCGACGAUCCACGCGAGAUCAUCGGAGUACUUCUCCGAGCAGAAGGAGGUUAAUUCCAAUUCCGGAGAAGAGAUCAAGUUUGAAUUUUCAGACGAAUUCGAUGCGGAGUCGAUUCUUGAUGAAGAGACUGAAGAAGGAAUCGAUAGUAUAAUGGGAACCACCAAAUCUAAUCCCGGAGAGAGUCGUAGCCAUUUAAUUGGUCGGUUAGAGCAGAUGAUGACGAUGAAGAAUCAAACAACAACUAAAGGAUUCAAAUUCACCGGAAACUUCCCGUUGGGACUUGGACUGAGGAGCGCUCUCAGGGAACACAACGACGCGAAUUGGUUGCGGUUUCACACGGUAGAUUUCGAGCAGAUCUCGCCGCGGAUCCAAACCACAACGGAGAGUAAGAAGUUGAUCGGAGAGAAGAGUAAGAAGAAGAAAAAGAAGAAAGGUACGAAGCUGCCAUUGGUGGAAUCGAGUACGGAGGAGAAAUCAGGUGAAUUGAUGUUGAAGCUGGACUACGACGGCGUUUUGGAAGCUUGGUCUGAGAAAGAGUCGCCGUUCUCUGAUGAGGUUUUUCUGGCCAGCGGAGGAGCCGAUGUCAAUGCCAGAUUAGCUCAGAUCGAUUUGUUUGGGGACAGUGGAGUACGAGAAGCCAGUGUUUUGAGGUACAAAGAGAAACGUCGAACUCGGCUCUUCUCCAAGAAAAUAAGAUACCAAGUUCGCAAACUUAAUGCAGAUCAACGUCCUCGAAUGAAGGGACGGUUCGUGAGAAGGCCCAAUGCUAGCCCUCCAAGUGGACAAAGAUAGCAAGGAAAGAAGAGCCAAGAUUCACUCCUUUUAUAAUUUUUCUUUACUUUUUAGUUUGUAUUAUCUUUUGUAGUUGAAAUUUUUGUCACCCUCAUUUUUGUUCCUUAAUUUAUGGUCCCUUUCGUUUAUAUUGUAAUUUUUUUUCCUUAAAUAAGGAUCACCUGAGGAGAUGUUAGAUGAGAGAAAAUGAGGGAUAAAAACGAAUAAAAUGUUUUCUUUUAUGUUA